GAGUUGAUUUACGGGAUGGAUGAGAGUGGAUUUCCACUUGGGGAUUUUGGUAAAAAGAAGGUGGUAGGGAGGCGAGGGGCUAAGAGGCAACAUAAGCAGGGGAGUGGGGAUAAGGAAAAUGUGACGGUGUUGGUCACCAUUUGUGCAGACGGUACCCACCUUCGGCCAACCAUCAUCUACAAAGGGAAGAACUUCAUGCAGAAGAUCUGUCAUAGUGACAAUGGAUGGACAGAUUCAGAACUUGGCCGCAGCUGGAUCGAGAAAGACUUCGAUGCUCUGACCAAGGAGAAAGCGGCAGGCCGCACUCGCGUCCUCAUCAUGGACGGUCACAGCUCACAUUACACUCCCGAGCUACUUCGGUAUGCAAAGGACAACAAUAUCAUCAUCCUUGGCUACCCUCCUCACUGCACUCAUGCACUCCAAGGCCUCGAUGUUGUAUGCUUUGCAUGCAUGAAGAAGGCGUAUCAGGAAGCAGUGUCCGACUUCGAGAAGCAGAUGAAGCGGAAAUUUAAGAAGGCGGACUUCACAGGAGUGUUUGGCAAAGCGUUCCUGGAAGCAUUCACUCCGGAAACGAUAAAGGCGGCCUUCGAGAAGACCGGAGUCUAUCCGUUCAACCCGAAUGCUAUCUCGGCCAAGCAAAUGCGACCAAGCGAAGCAACCUCUCUAACAAAAGCAUACCCACUCCCCAACCCUAGCCCCGUUGCUGCA